AUGAUUCCUGUCGUCUUAGUCAAAUCAGAGAAGAGGAAUUGCAAAGAUAAGUUCAUGUCGUUUUUACGCAGAAAUCUUGUAGUAAUUCUGACGGUGUCCGGGGUUAUUGUGGGCGUCGGGCUCGGCGUGAUGGUUCGCAAAAUGGACCUGACGCGAGCGCAGAUGACUUACUUCGCGUUUCCCGGUGAGAUGCUGCUGAGGAUGCUGAAGAUGAUUAUCCUGCCUCUCGUUGUGUGCAGCUUAAUCUCAGGCGCCGCCAGUCUGGACACUCGCUCUCUGGGUAAACUCGGAGGGAUCGCCGUGUCCUACUUUUUGGUCACCACGCUCAUAGCCUCGUCCAUCGGGGUCGCUCUGGCUUUCCUCAUCAAGCCCGGGGUUGGCGCUGGAGCUCUCAACACCAACAACCUGGCGCUGGAGAGCGUCAGCAACAACAAGGAGACCGUCGACUCGUUCUUGGACCUGGCGAGAAACUUGUUUCCAUCUAACCUGGUAGCUGCUGCUUUCCGCUCAUAUGCUACAGACUACAAGAUGAUUACAGUGGGAAACACAACAAAUGGGACGGUACUCAAUCAGAAGGUGCCAGUGGGAACAGAACCAGAUGGGAUGAACAUUCUUGGCCUGGUUCUGUUUGCUAUGGUGUUUGGAGUGGCCUUGAGAAAGUUGGGAGCUGAAGGGGAGGAGCUCAUACGUUUCUUUAAUGCCUUCAAUGAAGCCACAAUGGUACUGGUAUCUUGGAUCAUGUGGUAUGUACCAGUUGGCAUUAUGUUCCUGGUAGGCAGUAAGAUUGUGGAGAUGGAGGAUGUGGUUCUGCUUGUUACCAGCUUAGGAAAAUACAUCUUUGCCUCAGUCCUGGGCCAUGUUAUCCAUGGUGGCAUUAUCUUACCUCUUAUCUACUUUGGUCUCACCCGCAAAAAUCCCUUCACCUUCCUCUCUGGUCUAAUCACACCUUUCACCACAGCCUUCGCUACCUGCUCCAGCUCAGCAACACUGCCCUCG